AUGAAGCCAAAGGCAAGCCUAGUCUUGCCGGUAGGCGCUGGUUUCCCGAAGUUGCCGCCAGUUCCGCACAACGCUAAAGCUACGCGGAGGAAAAGCUUGAUCUUUGCUGCAGUUGUGACAUUUGUCGUCUUACUGGCAUCUUGCCCUGAUAUUGCUCAAUUGCAUAGUUUUCCCUUCAAGCUGGCUCCGAGCCGGCAGAUCGACUUCAAGUCUCGGUGUGCGCAGCCCGAUGCCCUGUUCCCCACCCAAGACGACGUCCUUGACGAUGCCUACGCCCGUAUUUCGACACCUGCCUUCCGAAACGCAAGCAUCCGCCGUCUCUCUGGAGCCGUCCAGGUCAAGACCGAAUCGUUUGAUGAUUUGGGCCCCAUUGGCGAAGACCCAAGAUGGGACGUCUUCUACAACUUCCACGACUAUCUCGAGAAGGCCUUUCCCCUAAUACACCAGCACCUGCUUCUCGAGAAGGUCAACACCUAUGGCCUGCUCUAUACGUGGAAGGGCAGCGAUGACUUGCUGAAGCCGACAUUGCUCAUGGCCCAUCAAGACACUGUCCCUGUUCCCCCCGAAACUGUCGAUGCGUGGACAUACCCUCCGUGGAGUGGUGCCUAUGACGGCACACACAUCUGGGGACGCGGUGCUAGCGAUGACAAAAACCAGCUGAUAGCCGUUAUGGAGACAAUAGAGUUGCUCCUCGAGGCUGGCUUCAAGCCCCGGAGGACGAUUCUUCUUUCGUUUGGAUUUGACGAGGAGUGCUCCGGUACACGCGGGGCGUCGAGCCUGGCCGCGUUCAUCAAGGAGCGCUAUGGUCGAGAAGGAAUUGCUGUUAUCGUCGAUGAGGGCAGCGGCUUCGAGCAAGCAUGGGGAACUCUGUUCGCGAAACCGGGCACUGCCGAGAAGGGCUACACGGAUGUGCACCUCACCGUUCGGACGCCCGGUGGCCAUUCCUCUGUCCCAUCCGAUCAUACUAGCAUUGGCAUUCUCAGCGAGCUCAUCACUAUGAUUGAGGCCGAGCAAUACCCGACUCGCCUUGUUAACGAAAAUCCGUACUACACCCAGCUCCAGUGUGGUGCCGCAUAUUCGCCCGAGUUCCCGCACAAACUCAAGAAGCUCUUGGACCGGCGCUCCUCAACUUCAGCCUGGCACCAGAAACGUUGGAAAGCCGAGCAGGACUUCUUGGCGAUUGAGGCUGCCAAGCAAGGCCCGGUAAUCAAGUAUUUGAUGCAGACUUCGCAGGCUGUUGAUGUUAUCUCGGGCGGUAUCAAGGUUAACGCGCUUCCGGAGCGCGCAACUGCUAUCGUGAACCAUCGUAUCAAUAUUGGUGAGACCACACAGGUUGUCAAGGACCGGCUGACCCACCUCGCUGGUGCUGUGGCCAAGAAGUAUAACCUGACUCUGCAUGCCUUUGAUGGAAAGGAAGAGCCGUCGUCCAUAAUCCUCUCUGGAUCUACAUACGAACUGGAGGUUGCUCCAGUCACGCCGGCCGAUGCAUCUGUCAAGGGGCCUUUUUCCGUGUUAGCUGGCACCGUUCGCGCUCUGUACGGCGAAGACGUUAUUGUCACCCCAGGAAUCAUGACAGGUAACACCGACACUCGGUAUUAUUGGGAUCUGACGAAACACAUCUUCCGCUUUGCCCCUGGAUUCGACCCUGAGGAUGAGCCUGGCCUUGGGACUAUCCACACUGUCAACGAGAAGGUUAGCGUAAGGAAUCAUCUUAAUGCUGUUAGAUGGUUCACACUUUUUAUCAGAAACAUGGAUGAGGCCGAUAUUUAG